UUUUAAGUGGUUUUGUUCAUAUUAAAUUAAAAAGUCAAUAUUUUAUUCUGAAUCUAUAAAGAAGUCAGAAUAUAAUGUGAAUUAUUUUUUAACUAGGUGACAGGGGUUAACGGAUCCAUUUAUUCUCCAGGAUUACUCUUGACAGCCUGAUUCUUCAGUAUCAACAAGCCACACAAUUUUGUUUAGUUUAAUUUCACCAGGAUAAAAAGACUUCCUGAAAUUCCUUCUGGUCAAUUAAUUCAGCUAAAAUGAUCAGUCCUUAUAAUCUCAUGAGAUUGCACAAAUUUUCAUCAUACCCCUUUGUAUUACUAUUUUAAAUUGCAUAAAUAACAUGUGAAUAUAUGCUCACUGGCAGGGAAAUGUAGGUUUUUGCUGAAAAGGGUAAGGGAGACAUGAAUAAUGAAAUCAAUCAAAAUUAUUGAUACCAAUAAUGUAAGGCAUUAUUCUUGAGGUAACAUGUUACAUGUUAUCUAAUCCUAACGAGGAAGCAACAGAGUUGGAAUUUAGAUUUAGGUCUGAUUAUCAAAUUGUAGUAAUCAAACUGUGAGGUGAUGAAGGCUGUAUUAAUACUGGAGCAGUGAAAACAGUGAAGUAAUUAAUACAUAAGAACAAAUUUGAAAGUAACAUUAACAAAUUGUGAUAAUCUGUUAAAAUUAGGAGAUGUAGAAGAAGAAUGAACCAUAAAUAACUCUAAAACUUGAGAAGCUAUGACAAUGAAGACUAGGUUUUGUUAGUUAUACAGGAAGAAAUAUCUAAUAGGUAACUCUGGAUAUAAUAGAAUGGCUCAGGUAAGAGAAAAGAACUAGAGCUGUCUGUUAUUUUUAUCUCAGGUGUAGAGAUUACUCAGACCUUGGUUAAUGACACUCUCAUUCAUGUAUGACCUACUUUUAUUGGGCAAUUACUGUUAAAAAUAUAGUACGCACUCACAGACCUACUAAAUGACCAAAGUUAAGAACUUGUUAAUAAUUACAUGAAAUCAUGUCCACCUCCCUCCUACCAUAUUUUCUCCUGCCACAAAAGGAAACUUUAGCCCCAGAUGGUUUCACUGGGAAGUUCUUGCAAACAUUUAAGGGAAAACUAAUACCAAUUCUGCAUGAAACAUAAAGAAAAGGAAGAAAUUUCUUAGGGAAAAUUAAAGAAAAGGAAAUACUUCUCAACUCAUUCUAUGAGAACAGUAUUACUCUGUUAACAAAAACAGACGUUAUAAGAAAAAAAAAUCUGCAGACCAAUGUGCUUUAUAAACAUGGAUGCAAAACUUCUCAAAAGUUUUUAUCAAAUUAUCAGUAUGUUAAAGGAUAAUGCAUGAUGAAUUUUAUCCUGGGAAUAUAAAGUCUAUCAAUGCAAAGAAAUAGAGGAAAACAACAGAAUGGAAAAGACUAGAGAUCUCUUCAAGAAAAUUGGAGAUACCAAGGGAACAUUUCAUGCAAAGAUGGGCUCAAUAAAGGACAGAAAUGGUAUGGACCUAACAGAAGCAGAAGAUAUUAAGAAGAGGUGGCAAGAAUACACAGAAGAACUGUACAAAAAAGAUCUUCACAACCCAGAUAAUCACGAUGGUGUGAUCACUCACCUAGAGCCAGACAUCCUGGAAUGUGAAGUCAAGUGGACCUUAGAAAGCAUCACUACGAACAAAGCUAGUGGAGGUGAUGGAAUUCCUGUUGAGCUAUUUCAAAUCCUGAAAGAUGAUGCUGUGAAAGUGCUGCAGUCAAUAUGCCAGCAAAUUUGGAAAACUCAGCAAUGGCCACAGGACUGGAAAAAGUCAGUUUUCAUUCCAAUCCCAAAGAAAGGCAAUCCCAAAGAAUGCUCAAACUAUCGCACAAUUGUACUCAUCUCACACGCUAGUAAAGUAAUGCUCAAAAUUCUCCAAGCCAGGCUUCAGCAAUACAUGAACCAUGAACUUCCAUAUGUUCAAGCUGGUUUUAGAAAAGGCAGAGGAACCAGAGAUCAAAUUGCCAACAUCUGCUGGAUCAUAGAAAUAGCAAGAGAGUUCCAGAAAAACAUCUAUUUCUGCUUUAUUGACUAUGCCAAAGCCUUUGACUGUGUGGAUCACAAUAAACUGUGGAAAAUUCUGAAAGAGAUGGGAAUACCAGACCGCCUGACCUGCCUCUUGAGAAACCUAUUUGCAGGUCAGGAAGCAACAGUUAGAACUGGACAUGGAACAACAGACUGGUUCCAAAUAGGAAAAGGAGUAUGUCAAGACUGUAUAUGUAUGUAUGUAUACAUAUGUAUAUAAGUAUGUCAAGAUUGCCAGGAGAAAUAUCA